UUUCAGUUUGGUAUAUAUAUGAAACAAUGGUUAUAUGAUAAUUGUUGUAUUCGAGGGAGUACAUUCACAAGAGUUGUUUAGAUAUGCUUACGUCUGUGUUGUGUAUCGCUUCACUGGUAACUCUUCUCGAUGCUCGUAUUUCAAUAAAUAAAGAAAGAUUUGAACCAUUGUCAGAUGACAUCAUCUCGUAUAUCAAUCAACAUCCAAAUGCUGAAUGGAAAGCUGAGAAAAGCAAGCGUUUCCACUCACUGGAUGACGCACGCAUUCUGAUGGGUGCAAGAAGAGAGGAACCAGAAUUAAGAGAGAAGAGGCGUCCCACAGUUGACCAUAAGGAUUGGAAUGUAGAAAUUCCAUCAAACUUCGAUUCAAGGAAGAAAUGGCCUCGUUGUAAAAGUAUAGCGACCAUCCGUGAUCAAUCACGAUGUGGAUCAUGUUGGGCUUUCGGUGCUGUCGAAGCUAUGAGUGAUCGAACCUGUAUACAGUCACGUGGCAGACAAUCUGUGGAACUAAGUGCUGUGGAUCUAGUGAGCUGUUGCGAAGGUUGCGGAUUUGGUUGUGAUGGUGGAUUCCCUGGUCCUGCUUGGGAUUAUUGGGUAGAGGAAGGUAUAGUUACUGGAAGUUCGAAAGAGAAUCACACAGGCUGUCAACCAUAUCCAUUCCCAAAAUGUGAGCAUCAUGCCAAAGGGAAAUAUCCUGCAUGUGGCAAAAAAAUCUACAAGACUCCCCGUUGUAAACAGACAUGUCAGAAAAGUUACAAAAUCCCAUACGCCCAAGACAAGCAUCGAGGUAAAUUGUCUUACAAUGUUGCUGAUAAUGAAUUGUCUAUUCAAAAGGAAAUCAUGAAGUAUGGACCAGUAGAAGCAGCCUUCACAGUUUACGAAGAUUUUCUAAAUUACAAAUCUGGGAUCUAUGAACAUAUUACUGGGGAACCAGUUGGUGGACAUGCUAUACGUAUAAUCGGAUGGGGUGUGGAAAAAAACACACCUUAUUGGUUGAUAGCGAAUUCGUGGAAUGAAGAUUGGGGUGAAAGUGGAUAUUUCAGAAUACUACGUGGUCAUGAUGAAUGUGGCAUCGAAUCCGAGGUAACAGCUGGUCGGAUUAACUAAUAACACAAUCUUUAAACAUUAUCAUAAAAUUUUACUUAGAGUGAAGUCAUUACAAAUGUAUACUGAAUACUUCUGAGAAACGUUACAUAUUCAUAUUAUCUUUUCAUUCAUUUUAUAUUAUAAAUAAACUGUUGCGAACUCUAACUAAACUCUUUACUGAAUAAAUGUCUUUGUUAGGCGUAUUAUCGU